AUGAGCAGCGCGGAGCCGCCGCUCGGCGCCGGGCCGCGGGCUCAGCCCGCCUGGCAGCGGGAGAUCCUGGAGCGCAAGCGGGCCAAGCUGGCGGGGGCGGGCGGCGAGCCCGAGCCGCCCGCCGGGGAGCGGCUGGUGGUGGCCGAGAGCCUGGGCCCGCUCCGCGAGAACCCCUUCAUGCGGCUGGAGAGCGAGCGCCGCCGGCUGCGGCAGGGGCGGCCCGGGCCCGGCGCGGCGGCGCGGCCGCUGCAGCAGCUGCUGGAGCUGUACAGCGCCGUGCCCGGGAUCCGCACCAUCCGCGCCGACAACAUCCUCAUCAUCGAGUCCCGCACCGACCCCGCCGCCUGCUUCGCCGCGGGGGACGCGCCGCCCGCCCGCCGCCGGGACCCGGCCGGCCCCGACCCGCUGCGGGAGCUGCUGGCCCGGCGCGGGGCCGCGCUCGCCGAGAUCCGCGCAGACCAGGUCGUCAUCUACGAGACGGGCGAGCCGCCGGAGCCGCCCGAGGCGGCCGAGCCGGGCACCGUCAGCCGCCUCCUGGAGAAGUUCGGGCAGCGCCCGCGGGGCCGCCGCCGCCGCGGGGGGGACGCGCUGAGCGGGACCGGCGCCGGCGGGGCCGCGGCUCCUCCGCAGGUGGGACCGGGCGCUGCCCGGGCCGCGGGGCCCGGCUCCCCCCGCGCCCCCGCGCCCCUCCACAAGGGCCCCGGCUCCCCCCGGGCCCCGGCGCCAAAGGCGGCACCGGCAUCCCCGCCCGCGGUCCGCGCCGCCCCGCAGCCGCUGCCGGCGCCCCCCCGGCCCGCGGUUUCCCCCCGGGCUGUCACCCCCGAGCCCGCGGCCCCCCAGCCCGCCCCGGCUGCCCCCCGGGCCGCAGCCCCCCAGGCGGUUCCCGCCGCCCCCAAGGCUGCAGCCCCCCAGGCCAACUGCUUCCUCCACAAGAUCAGCUCCAACUCGUUCACCGUCACGCCCCGGGGGCAGCCCCCCGGCGCCCGCGUCCCCGAGCCCGGAGCUGUCCCCGCGGGCCGCCCCGCGCCGCCCAAGGGGCCGCCAGUGCCAUCCGCCAGCCCUUCCCAUGCCAGAGCCAACGCCAGGAGGCCAAAGCCAGAGGAGGCCGAGGCGGCCGUGUCGCCCCUGCCCAGUGCCAGUCUGGCCCCCAGUGCCACCGGCGCCACUCAGCCGCUCUCCGCCUCAGCCCCCCGGGCCGGGGGCUCCUUCGAGAUCCACCCGGCCCCCAAGCCCGACUUGGCGGCCAUCCCAGCCCACGACCUGCAGGCUCAGGCUCUGGCCAAGCUGCGCCUGAAUUCACGCAAUUCCUUCCUGUUCGUGCCCCGCCGGGAGGGCGGCCCGGCUCGGCCCCCGGCCCACAUCGCCCGGCCACCGCCACCGCCCUCGGAGGAGAAGGCAGCGAAGGAGCCCCCGAGGGCUCCCGCCCCGGAGCAGGAGGAGCCCGCCGCUUCCCCUUCCCCGCCGGCUCCUCUGGACCCGCUGGUACCUGUGACUUACAUCGAUGACAUUGUGGAGCCGGACAGUGGGGAGGUUUCUCCCAGGGCCGGCUCGACUGCGAGGACGGGGAGCUUGGAUCAGCCCGGAGGAGCUGGCCCUGACCUGGAGAUGGAGUUCUCCUCCGUGCCCCUCUACAGACCCCACUCUGCCCCCCACCAGAGGGGAGGCAGCACCUUCACUGUCGUGCCCAAAAGGAAGCCCGUUGCCUCGGGGCUGCAGACUCUCACUGAUGCCAGCGGAAGGCCGCAGCGGGAGGAAGAGGAUGAGGAGGAGGAGAGCAAAGGAAGAGGCAAAGCCAUGGAGAACGCUGAUGGGCCCCAGGUGGGGAUACCCCAUAAAAAGCGCUACCCGUCGGUGAACGAGAUCGAAGUGAUCGGGGGGUACCUGUCCCUGGAGAGGUCCUGCAUGAGCAAGACGGGCUCCCGUCGCAAGAAGAUGAAGAUCUCCUUCAAUGAGACGAGUUUGCAGACUAUGUUUGAGUACCCCUCAGAGAGCUCCCUGGCAGAAGAGGAGGAGGAGGAGGAAGGCCACGCUUCGGAAACAGAGGAGGAAAAAUCUUGCCCUUUCUACGUUCCACGCCCAAAUGGCACUUUGCAUCCCAGUACACCCAACUCAGCAGAUUUAUCCAGCUACACCCCAAAGCACUCCGUGAAGUUCAGCGAGUGGCAGGAGCAGAAGUAUGAGGGUCCUGCUGCAGAGGGACCCCUCCCAAAGGAAGCUGAUUCCCAUGGGAACCAAGACAUGCUCACCCCGGCAGAGAAGGGCGGGCUCUCGGAUUUCAGCAGCGAGCCCGCGCUCUAUUUCUGACGGAUUCAUCCCCGGUGCUGCAGCAGCAGCUGCUGGGCAGGACGUGUCAGUGCACCUGCCCCUGCCCCUGCCCCGGCCGGCGCCUGCCGCCCUCCCGCCCCGCCGUGCGCUGGAUCCUGAUGCCAAGGGGGGACCAGAUGCUGUCGGGCAUCUUCGGAGAAUAUUUGCACUGGAUUUUGGGACCUAAUUGCUACUUUUGAGGCGUAUGAUUUAUUCUGCCUGUGGCCUUGCACAUUCCUUGUUCAAGAUCAGCUGCUGAUUAGGCAAGUGCGUGAAGGGCAGAGCUGUAAUCCCGGGAUGGAUGUCGAUUCUCUCGGUGCUUAUCUGAGCCCAGGCACUCUGUGGGGUCUGGACAGCUUUUGUAACACUUUUCCCAUCAGAGGUCUCAGUGGAGAAUGGCUCUGGAGUUGGAGCACUGGGAGCAUCUGAGCUGGUUUCACAGCGUGGCUGUGAUUUGACAGAUAAGGUGUCAGUUUGGAAAACCAUUGAAGGGUCAUGGUUUGUUCUUGGCAUGUUUCUGGGACUGGUUUCACUGAACCAUCAUGGAAUUAAUGUGCCAGUUACGUGAACACCCUGUGAGGGAGGGGAGAGGAAUGAAUGCCUUUAGCUUUAGGUGUCAUUUUUGCACCAAUCUGUAACCAGGUGUCCAGACUGGCUCGAGCCUCUUGAAAAUUCCCAAACAUUGGCCAUAGCUUUGCUCUGUCCAUACCCAAUUUUGGCAUCCAGUCUCUAGGAAUUGCUGGUUGUGCUCCAGUUUGCCAGUUCCUCUUGUUGCUCUGUUCCAGAUCUGACUGAUCUGUCUUGGUUUGUGGGGAGGAUUCCUUUGAACCACGCUCGCUCUGCUCCUCUAAUCAAAGCACAGGAGGGCACUUUCACUCCUUUCUUCUGCAGAACUUGAACAAGGAAUGUGGUUUUUUUUGUUUUGUUUUUUUUUCUAGGAUUUUUAUAGUUCUAUUGUAAUUGUUUAAUGCAGCCAAUAUGCAAAGGAAUCUGCUAGAAUCUUCCAUUUACAUUUUCUACUACUGUAAACUCAGGGUCAAAAUUGCACUCUGGAACAGAUAGAACACUGCUGCUAAUGUGAUUUGUACUUUGGGAUUAAAAGAGAUGCAGUUGGAAAAGAUCUGGCCUCUUUGGGCUUUAUGGAAUGAGUGGUACCCCAGCGUGGGGCUCUGUCCAAAGGAACAGGCUGGAAUCUUUGAUUAAAUUUGAUAUGUUUA